AAAAAUCUUCAGCAACAGCUUCUAUUCGUUCCUCUCUCAAGUCAAGACGUUAAGCCACACUUCGCAACCACCGUCUUCGUCGUUUUCCUCCUCCGUCUCGGCCUUCACCGUAGACUGCUCCUCCAUCUCCGCCGCUUUACAUAGUUGCUAGGUUACACUUCGAGUAUAAGCAAUGCCGGCACAGAAGCGUUCUUUCGACGAGACUCUCGAAGAAAAUGAAGAAGAGUCUGAGAAUGAAAUGAACAGCCAGGACCAACCUAAUGAUGAAGACGAAUCAGAUCAGAGCCAUUCAUCUGAUAGCGACGAAGAAGAAGAAAAAGAAGAAGAUGAGGACGAAGAAUAUGUGGCUAUAAAAUUGUCAGAAGUACGCAAGGAAGUUCAGUGUCCUAUCUGCCUUGGCAUCAUUCGAAAAACAAGAACCGUAAUGGAAUGCUUACAUCGCUUUUGCAGAGAGUGCAUAGACAAAUCCAUGCGUCUUGGUAACAAUGAAUGUCCCGCUUGCCGUACACAUUGUGCUAGCCGACGCUCACUGAGAGAUGACCCAAACUUUGAUGCUAUUAUUGCUGCUAUCUAUCCAGAUAUUGAUAAGUAUGAGGCAGAGGAAUUGGCUUUGCAUGAGGAUGAGCUGGCUCGCCAUAAGCAGUUCCAAGCAUCCAUUGCCCAAACGCUACAACGCCAAUCUGAAGCAUUGAGUAAGAAACGAAAUGCCAAAGCAACAGCAGUGGCUUUUGUGAGGAGAUCACAAGGCAACUAUCGAACUUCACAUCUGAGACGCCGAAGAAACUUUAGAAAUUCCGGUGACUUUCAGGUAUCCAAUGACAACAAGGGUAUGAAUGAUAAUGAUGGGGGAAAGGACUCAUCUUCUGAUGAUGGGCUGACAGAAACCCAGCCAAGAAGAUGCAAAAGAGGUGGAGAACAGGAAGCACAGGCUCCCCAGCAGUCUGCUUCUACUGAUCCAGAUGGAGUUGGUGAAGAAAAUACUCCAGAAGUAAAUAGAGACAUCAUAAGUGCAUCUGGUACACUUUCCUGGGGAAAAAAUGGUCACCGGAGUCACAACCGAGUCAAUGGAAAGAAUGCCAAAAGCAAUCGCAUCUCCAAAUUGGUUGAACAUCUUCGCAGCUCAGCAGCAAAUGAUUACGCGCUGCCUGCCUUUAUCAUGCUUGUCUCGUUUGAUGAGAAAAGAAUGCCAAGUUUAAAAGACCCAUGCCUUAAUUGCGAGCCUACUAUGUCAGUUAAUAAACUGUGCAAGCAUGUUGCAAAUGAAACUGCGCUGCCUGUGGGUGAAGUUGAAUUGUGGUUGGUACUAAAGCCACAAACUAGCAUUGUACAUGGUGAAAGAACCAUUGAUCCAAACAGAGAUAAUUUACGCAUUUUAGGAGACCAAGAAACAUUGGCUGAAUUGAUGGGAGAUUAUGAAAAUGCCAACUAUGGUUAUCUGGUCAUGGCUUACAAGAGGAAGUUGCAGAAUUCAGACACAGUUGGGUUAAGCUGAAUGAUGAACAGUCACCCAAAUCCUUCUUUGCCAAGUUCUUAAUUAUACAGAGCUAUAAGAUAUCUUAGUUUUAUUAUAUUCUUUAUUUUAAUUUUAAUGCUUUCCCCAAAUUAUAGAAAAAGGGAGUGACCCUAGUUGUUAAGUGCACAGUAAAUUAGAACCACAGGUGUGCAUUUGCCAAACCCCAGGUUUCUUAAAAUGGUCACAAAUUUUUCUUUUGGGGGGAAAGCAUAUUUAUCUCCUGAAAUUGUGUAUGCUGUUUAGUAAUCUCUAAAUGUCACUGUAAUUGGUUUAUGUUUAAACAGACUUCGUUAAUAUACUUUUAGAAUCAAAUUCCAACUCAGACUUCAUUAAUGAUUAAAACUUAUAAAGCUCUGUCUAUGGUGAGGAAAGAAAGAAUUCUUCACCGGUGAGCACACAGCGACGUUUGUAUGAUAUA